GUUUAGUCGAGUGGAGAAGUCGCUGGGAGAAGGAUCGUCGACGAUCAGUUUUCAUCGCUGCACCAGUAGGUUCAGUAGGAAAACCGUAGUGUUUAAGAUAUUUGUACUAUGUUCGCAAAGUAAUAGGAAAAAAUGAAAAAAGUGAUCACACCAAUGCAGUGAUUUAUGCAGUUUUAAAUAAAGCUCAUGUGCGCAAAGAGGUUCAAGUGAAAUUGUCAAGAACUCCUUAGUUUCUAAAGCAUAGACAUUGAUACCCUCGGAGUAUUCACAAUGACAACUGGAAAAUUCCACAUUCUGCUGGUAGUGAGUGCCAUAGUCAGCCUGGCAGUUGGAUCUGCAUAUUCCACCAAACCAAACAUAGUUAUAAUACUGAUAGAUGACAUGGGCAUGAACGACGUGAGUUUUCAUGGCUCGAACCAAAUCCUUACACCGAAUAUAGAUGCUCUGGCCUACAAUGGCAUCCUGCUGAAUAAGCAUUAUGUCCCUAACCUCUGCACUCCAUCCAGAGCUACACUGCUCACUGGAAAAUAUCCCAUCCACACAGGAAUGCAGCACUUUGUGAUUAUCACCGAUGAACCGUGGGGUCUGCCCCAGCGAGAGCGUCUAAUGCCCGAAAUCUUCCGGGAGGCGGGCUACUCGACACAUUUGGUGGGCAAGUGGCACCUGGGCUUCUGGCACAAGGAUCUCACGCCCACAAGGCGAGGAUUCGACCAUCACUUCGGCUACUACAAUGGGUACAUUGACUACUACGACCAUCAGGUGCGAAUGCUCGACAGGAACUACUCGGCUGGACUGGACUUCCGGCGGGAUCUGGAGCCCUGUCCCGAAGCAAAUGGCACCUAUGCCACGGAAGCCUUCACUGCGGAGGCAAAAAGGAUAAUUGAGCAGCAUGAUAAGAGCAAGCCGUUGUUCAUGGUGAUGAGCCAUCUGGCGGUGCACACAGGCAACGAGGAUAGUCCGAUGCAGGCUCCUGAGGAGGAGGUGGCCAAGUUUCCCCACAUCCGGGAUCCAAAGCGACGCACUUACGCUGGUAUGAUUUCCAGUCUGGACAAGAGCGUUGCUCAGACAGUUGGUGCUUUGAAGGAUAAUGGCAUGCUGAACAACAGCAUUAUUCUGCUUUACUCGGACAACGGAGCGCCCACGAUCGGCAUCCAUUCCAAUGCGGGCUCUAACUAUCCUUAUCGAGGACAAAAGGAAUCUCCUUGGGAGGGCGGCAUUCGAUCGGCUGGUGCACUGUGGAGUCCGCUACUGAAGGAGAGAGGAUAUGUGUCCAACCAGGCGAUACACGCCAUAGACUGGCUGCCCACACUGGCAGGAGCUGCCGGGGUAUCCUUGCCGCAGGAUCUUCCGUUGGACGGGAUCAAUCUCUGGCCUUUGCUGAGUGGCAACGAGCAACCGAAACCGAGAACGAUGAUUCAUGUGCUCGAUGAGGUCUUCGGCUACUCAUCGUACAUGAAGGAUACUCUUAAGUAUGUGAACGGGAGCAGUUUCCAAGGAAGAUACGACCAGUGGUUGGGUGAACUGGAAACUAGCGCGGACGAUCCUCUGAGUGAAAGCUACGAACAGCAUGUCCUGGCAUCGGAUGUUCAAAGCAUACUGGGGAAUCGGGGGCUAACAGAGGACCGCAUCCGACAGAUGCGCAGCGAAGCCACCGAAUUGUGCCCCCCUGUCGAAGGGCAAAAUCCUCUAGAGCCCCAUUUCAAAUGUGAGCCCCUGAAAGCCCCCUGCUUUUUCGAUCUGGCCAACGAUCCCUGCGAGCGAUACAACCUAGCCCGAACUUAUCCACUCCAACUGCAGCAACUUGCCGAUGAGGUGGUACUAAUUCGGAAGACUGCGAUUUCCAGCGCCCGAGUUGCCCAUUCCGAUUCACGAGCUAACCCGGCUUACCACAACGGAAAUUGGGAGUGGUGGAAUAAUACGCCAAGUUCAAGUUCCGCCACAUUUUCCAUCAAUUUAUGGCUUGUUAUGGGCAGUAUUAUAGGCAUAGUACACCGAAAUUGGUUGUAGUGGUAAGCUCUUACUAGAAUAAUUUUUAAAAGAAGUAGAUUAAA